GGCUGUCUGAAUACUUUUGGGUUUAUAUAGAGAGGCGUGCAGGGGGGUCCUGGAGGAGUGGACAGCACAAGCUUCUUUAACUUCUCUCUGUCCGGACACACAGGGCUCCUUCUCUGCUUCACAUGCAGGAAACUGUGCUCAUCUGAUUACAUAAUGACCCAGUAACAGAGAGCCAGAACCGGUACUGCCAGUACCAGUGUGCUGGGAGACACUGACGACUGACCGCUGGCCUCUCGUGUGAUUACAUGUAUUUUUCUGCAAGUUUUUCCGUUUAUUUUUUUUCUUCUUCCAAAUAUAGCAUGACAACAACGCAGAGGGACCGCAGAAGAAAACAAACAAUGUGAUGUCAAAGUGAGAGGUGAUGUAAAACAUGCUCGAGCUGUCAACAAGUGCGCGCCGUUCAAAAACCUGAACUUUCUCGUCUUCUUCUCAAUCGUUUUUUCCCCUCCAAGAACUGUGUGCUGUCUUAUUUCACAUGUCUGCUACACAGUGAAAUCAACUGAAUCUUCAAGUUUCAAAAGUUGCGGUCCAAGUGAACUUCGUUACAAGUCAACAGAAAGCCAUGACCUCAGCCACGCCCCCCUCCUCCGAAGGCUCCUCCCCACAGAAAGUAUGCCACUCCCAGACGCAGACUGACAUCACCAAACCCUUGCUGGGCUCCACAGCGGGGACUGGAGGUGCUGGUGCAGGUGGAGUAGGGACAGGAAAUGGAGGGCCCAAUGCUCUGCGAAGGAGGCGGCGCGUCCUCUCUAAGGACGGUCGAAGCAAUGUCCGCAUUGAGCACGUAAGCGGGCGAGGGGCGCUGUACCUCCGUGACCUCUGGACCACUUUCCUGGACAUGCAAUGGCGCUAUAAGUUCUUCCUCUUCUCUGCCACCUUUGCUGGGACCUGGUUCGUGUUUGGAGUGCUCUGGUACCUGGUGGCAAUGGUGCACGGAGAUUUACUGGAGUUUGACCCGCCCUCUAACCAUACUCCAUGUGUAAUGGAGGUGAAGACCCUGACGGGAGCCUUCCUCUUCUCUCUGGAGUCUCAGACCACGAUUGGCUACGGUUUCCGGUGCAUCACCGAGGAGUGCCCUGCCGCCAUUGUCCUGCUCAUAUUUCAGCUAGUCAUCACAAUGGUGAUGGAGAUCUUCAUCACCGGCACGUUUCUUGCGAAGGUCGCUCGUCCCAAGAAGAGAGGUGAGACAGUGAAGUUCAGUCAGCACGCUGUUGUGUCGAAUCACGAGGGUCGGCCCUGCCUCAUGAUCCGAGUGGCCAACAUGCGCAAAAGCCUGCUGUUAGGAUGCCAGGUGACGGGGAAGUUGCUUCAGACGUCGCUAACAAAGGAGGGCGAGACGGUGCGGCUGGACCAGCGCAAUGUGCCCUUCCAGGUGGACACGUCGAGCGACAGCCCCUUCCUCAUCAUCCCCCUGACUUUCUACCACAUCAUCGAUGACAACAGCCCCCUCAGGGCCUGGGCAGCAAAAGGUGGCGGUUGGACAGACCCAGAGCUGGCUGACUUUGAGCUGCUGGUGAUCAUGAGCGCCACGGUGGAGCCGACCUCCGCCACCUGUCAGGUCCGAACAUCCUACCUUCCAGAUGAGAUCCUCUGGGGCUACGAGUUCCCCCCCGUCGUCUCCCUGUCUCCCUCGGGGAAAUAUGUGGCUGAUUUCGCCUUCUUCGACAAAGUGGCCAAAACCAAAAGCCCACCCCUCUUCAAGCACGCCCUGCCAUCGAGCCCGAAAUCACAGGCGUCCCGCCCCCACGGCGGCAAGGAGGCUGGGAUGGACCCCGAGAAGAUGCGAUUGGAGGAGAACUACAGGGGGGAAGAGAGGGGCCGGGAAAGGGGCCGCAUCAGAGAUAGCAGCCCACUGAGCGUGCGCAUUAGUAAUGUGUGAGGGAGGCAGGACGUGGUUACCAGAAGAAAAGUGAUGUGAAACUGAGAUCAGGUAAAGACAGGAAGAAAAGAAACAAGCUGCUCACAUUCUCACCUUCAAAUGUCUCUUACCCACUUGUUCUCCAAACACGUAUGACAGGAAAAUAAACACCUCCGACCACAAAGACACUAAAGAUAUCUGCAGCCAACUUUCAGUGGAACAAACUCAGCAUGUACAAAGGUACAGCACAACAUCAAGUCACCUGCAGAGACAUUUCUGCACUUGUGUUCAUUUUUCUUUUUUGGAGAGGACUUCAUUUAAUGCAAACACUGCAAAAAUCCUUCAUCUCAUCAGGUCGUUACUGUCUAUGAUUUAGCCUGAGGGUUGUAGGAAUAACUGAUUCCAAUAAAAAAUCUACUUAUAUUAAGAAUGUUCUAGAAGAUGAGCGUAUAUCCUUAAGGCUUAGUCUUUGAGUGCAGUUGGCCCAGAUUCAAAUCCAGCUCUGAGCCCUUUACUGCAGGUUUUCCCCUUUCACCACAACUGUCAUAUAAAGCAGAAAAAGGCCACAAAAAAAGAAAACCAAGCUCUUUGAACCAAGCAGGAAUAAGAAAAGUGAAGAGCAAAAGUUGAUUUCUCUAUCCUUGAAAUUUUUUAUUCAAAUUGACUUGAUGAGAUGUUUUUUGCAGUGUCUCCUUUGGUUGUUAAUCACUGAUUUCCUGGUACUGUUUUUUAUUUUCUAUUAUUAACAAAAUACCUGCAAAAAGGUGGCGAACAUACUGGAACCAUAUUAUUUUUUUAACGAAGGAUUCUAAAGGAAUGUAUCAUAUUUUAUGUACACAAUAGUUUCUAACAAGUUGUUUUACCUGAAAAUAUUGUGCUCUUUUAUAUGAAUGUUUUUCUUGUUUAUCGGGGUAUGAUGUUUAGUAAAAUUACUAAAAGCACUUUAACUUGAAAGAAAUGUGGCAUUUGACAUAAAGGGGAAUAACUGAACUAACUCUUAAUUAAUGCACUGUAAUUAAUGAUUAAAUCUCGUGGUUAUGUUUGGGAUUCUUUAUGCUUGAAAAUGGGUCAUUUUGCAAGUGUUUGUAUGAACUUUUUUGAGGACCAUCUUCAUGUACAGUACGUGUGUGUUAAUGUACCUCUGUACAGUGUAUAAAAAUAUUUUUUUCCUACAUUAUUCAUAUCUUUAUGUCAUGACAUUUGGUACACACCUCCAUAUUCUCAUGUUGUCAAUGCACAGAAGUUAUUUCUGUAAAGUGCAGAACGGCCAUCUUUUUACUGCUGUCAUUUUAUUUUCAUAAGCUGGUUAUGAAAGUGUGUGUUGAUUCUGCAAAUGUGUGUCUAAUCAACUGCAACUAUUUGGAUAAAAAUGAAAUUUUUUUCUUUAUACUCUCCAUGGAAAUGGCGACAGACGCAUCAGAGUUAAAUCAAAUUAUGAUUUGUGUUCAAGGGAAAUAGUUAAAAAUCUUUGUGAUAAAAAGGAGCGACAUUGAAUAUGUUAUUAAAAAUCAAUAAUAUAUUAUAUAUACGUGAUGAUCGGUAUUAAAUUUGUGCUCUUGAUAGAGAUUAAGUGCCACAACUCUAGUGAAAUCAUCUGCUGCUCCAGACCAAGCCCAACAGAAAAUAUUUCAGUAUCAGUGUCUGGUGAGCGGUGGUGCCUGUUUAUACUGUAAAGCCUACUGUAUACUGUAUAUGGAUCACUCACAUUGGUCUAACUUUUUGAGUAAGCACUUUUUAAGUGGCUGUUUUAAUAAAUGUAUUAUUUACAA